CUCUCUCUCUCUCUCUCUCUCAGUCUCAUCUCUCAGCUUAUCCAGCUAGCUUUAAUUUGUUUUUUUCUCUCUUUGGAGUUUUCCUUAGUCCAAAGAAGCUUGGACGCUAACCAUGUUUCCUAUCUCCAUGUCCAAUUCAACUUCUUUGUCUGAGGAAGGUAAUAGUGUUUCUUCAGACUUUGCUGCUGCCUUAAACCCUCUUCUCCUGUCCACCAAUAUUUCUCCUCAUCAGUAUGAUCAGCCACCUAACAAAAUAAAAAAGAAAAGAAGCCUCCCCGGAAACCCAGACCCAGAUGCUGAAGUGAUUGCAUUAUCCCCCAAAACCCUACUUGCCACAAACAGAUUUGUGUGUGAGAUUUGCAACAAGGGUUUUCAGAGAGAUCAGAACCUUCAGCUUCAUAGGAGAGGCCACAACCUUCCAUGGAAGCUGAAGCAAAGGAACAGCCAGGAUCAGAUCAGAAAGAGAGCCUAUGUAUGCCCUGAGCCCUCAUGUGUUCAUCACCACCCUUCAAGAGCACUUGGUGACCUCACGGGGAUCAAAAAGCACUUUUGCAGGAAGCAUGGGGAGAAGAAGUGGAAGUGUGACAAGUGCUCCAAGAUCUAUGCUGUUCAAUCUGAUUGGAAGGCUCACUCCAAAACCUGUGGUACAAGAGAAUAUAGAUGUGACUGUGGAACCCUUUUCUCCAGGAAGGAUAGCUUCAUAACUCACAGGGCGUUCUGUGAUGCUUUGGCUGAAGAAAGUGCGAGACUCUCAGCAAACCAAUUUGCUACAGCCGCCAUCACCACCGCCACAAUUACACCUCAAAUCUCCCUCUUCCCUUUUCCAACCCACGGACAACAACACUUCACAAACCCAAACCCACCAUUGCCACCCUUCACUACCAUCUCCCUCACCCAAUGGGACCCCCCACAACCUCAUCAAAACCCUAACCCUAGCCCGAAUCCCACCCAAAACUCCCCACUCCAUCACCUCAUCAAGCCCGAAUCUCAUCACCAUUUCCCACCACCACCACAACAACUCUACAAGGGUUUAAUCAUCUCACCCUUCCAAAACCUCCAUGUCAGCACACAACCCAACUCCAACCCCACUACGUCAUCUACCCACCUUUCAGCUACUGCACUCCUCCAGAAGGCUGCAACCGUUGGUGCAGCAGUAGCCUCUGGAGCCCAACAGGGACAGUCAGCGGGCUUGACCGUGGGAGAGUUUGGGACCGCGAGCCACAUGAUAUCCACAGAGUAUCUAGGCGGGUUCGGGUCCGGAGAGCUCGCGACAUGGCGCAAGACUGACAGUCUGACAAGAGACUUUCUAGGUCUGAACGGGGAUGGCACGGGGCAUGAUAAUAAUAACGUUCGCGGUGUUCACGUCAAGGACAUGCUAACGUACGCCGGUGGCGUAGGGUUCCAUCAGCCGCCGUACGAGCGUCUUCGUGGCCAUGAUUCGCUGCUGAAGCCCCAGGGUUUCGGGUUCGCUGAGACUACUACUGCUUCGGAAACGUGGGGAGACUGUUGACCGUUCGGGCAGAAAUUUGACCGCAAGGGUAAGAAGGUAAUUUGGAGUUCUAUUAUGACGGAAAUAGCCCUGCAUUCUCUGUCCCGGAAACCGAAAAAUGUCGAAAUUAAAAUGAAGGCCUCUUGAGAAUACCUUCAUUGUGUAAUUGCACUACUUUCCCUCUAGAUUAUCACACUUAGUUCUAUCUUCUUGGAGACUUAUAAUUUCUGCAUUUUGUUACUUUAUAUUUCUUAAAAUUUGUUUGUUAUAGAUGACUUAAUUAAUGGUUUUCUUUA